UCAUUAUUCGUUUCCUUCAAAACUUCACAACAACUUUUCACAUUUUAAAGUAAUCACAUUAAAUGAAAUAAAAACAGGCAUCUAACGUAUAAGUAUUUUCGUGACAUCCUUACUGAAAUUCUUAUCAUUUUUAUAAACAUUUAACAGAUCAAUCAAUCAAUAAGUGAAAAGCUUACAAUGUCGUUUAGUUUUGGUGCUAAUACUUCACAGCAAAACACUCCUUUUGGAAGUGCCGCUAAACCAGCUUUUUCUUUUGGUAGCACUAAUACAGCAACAACGAGCACUGCUGGAUUCGGUGGUUUUGGUACAACUACUUCUUCGGCCGGAUUUGGUGCAUUUGGAUCUACUGCAAGUAGUACAGCAGCACCAUUUGGCACUCAACUAGGCACCACACCCGCAUCAACUGCCCCAUCCUUGUUUGGGACCACUGCUUUUGGUAGUACAGCUGCAAAACCAAGUACAGGUUUUGGUGCUGGUUUUGGCACUAACACAUUUGGUACAGGUACCGCUUUUGGAACUGGUACAUCAACAUUUGGUAGUGCUGCACCCACAUUUGGUACAAAUACUUUGGGUGCAAACACAUUUGGUACUUCAGCUAAUACUGGGUCUACAUUUGGCUCUGCUUUUGGAACCAAACCCGGUGUCUCUGGGUUUCUUGGUUUCGGUACUUCUCUAGGGGCCACAAAUACAUUUGGACAGCCACAGCAACAACAACAACAACAGCAGCAGCAACAACAACAGCAAGGGCCAGCAACAGCACAUGAGGCGCUUGUUGCUGCAGUGUUCAACUGUUGUGUAUUCGGAGACGAAAGGGACCAAGUGCUAGCCAAGUGGAACCUUUUGCAGGCACAAUGGGGUGUUGGUCAGGCGUAUUAUAACAAGAAUGCACCGGCAUUGGAAUUGAAUGAACAAAAUCCACUCUGUCGCUUUAAAGCGGUGGGAUAUUCCAGACUGGCUGGUAAAGAAGAUAAGGAUGGACAUGUCUCUAUGUUGUUUAAUAAAUCGGAUCAAGAGAUCAAGAAUAAUCAGCAAGCAUUUAUAACAAUGAUAUCUAAUAUACUUGGGAACAAACCUAAUUUAGCUGUCAAUGUGGAAUCAAUAAAUACAGUCGCAGAGAAUAAAACUCAGGUGGUGAUAUACGUGGUAGACAAGAAUGUGGGCACUGCACAUAUUUCAGCGUCAGAAUUGGCAGCAUUUCUAAACAAUGGGAACGCGCGCACAACUCUCACUUCCUCGGGCUGUGGUAACAUCACACCGGCUACCAAACCCACACCGCAAAUGUUGGAACAGUAUCUACAGACUCCGCCACCCGGUAUGGACUUGCGACUGUGGAAACAAGCACAGGCUGAUAAUCCUGACCCAGAAAACUAUAUUCCAGUGCCUAUGGUUGGAUUUACUGAGAUAAAGCACCGGGCGCGCUGCCAGGCGGAGCAGGGCGCGCUGCAGGCGAGCUGGCUGCGUCGUGCGGCCGACACGCUGGACGAGCUGCGCACGCGCCGCGCCGCCGCCGCCGCCACCCUCGCCCAGCUCGCCUCCCGUCUGCACUCCCUCAGGCAUCUCCUGCUACAGGUGAUAGGUAGGGAGGAGGUGUCGGGGUGGGUGGGAUGUGCGCUGGGGCCGGAGGAGGAGGCGACGCGCGCGCGACUGCACGAGCUCUCCUCGCAGCUCGCCGCGCCACCACUGUUUAACGGCCGUCUGAACGAGUUGCUGUGUGCAGUGCGGUUGCAGCGCAGCGCCAGUGCUGGCGCGCCGCAGGAGCGCUACCAUUUGGACCCAGGAGCGCAAGAAGACGUGAAGCAGUUCCUGACGAUGCAGCAGCGCGGUAUGGCUCACUUGAUGGAUACAGCGCGCAAGGACCUCGCUGCGCUUAACACCAUCGCUGAAGGCAUGGCGCGUCUCGUGCAGGCCUAGCGCUAACCCACACAAGUCCUAGGGACUAUUUUCAAUGUAAACUUCAAUUUUGUAAGCAAAUACGUUUAACGUUACAUUUUAAUUCCAUUUUGACUUUGUCAUAGU